AUGGGGUUUGGAAGGAAGGGUGAAGAGGAAGAAGAAGUAGAACAUGAGGAAAUGGGAUGGUUGGGUUGUGGUAGGAACACAGAUGAAGAGCAAGGGAAAAGAUAUCUUGAUAGAGGGAGUUAUUAUGACAUUAGGAAGAAAUCUGGUGCUAAGGAAACUCCAGAAAUCCACAAGGAUGACCCAGCUAUGACUCCGGGAGCUUCACAACAGGCAGCAGGAAGCAGGAAGGUGAUUAAAGGGAGCUUCACAACAGGCAGCAGGAAGCAGGAAGGGCGAGCCUUGUUGAGCUCGAGCGCUAAGAUCGUCAAGCCUAAUGGCGAGAAGCAGGACGAGCUUGAGUCCAGCAUCUCUCAGGCGCUGCUCGAGCUAGAGAUGAACUUAGAUCUCAAGGCGCAGCUGUGGGAGCUGAACAUCACCGCAGGCAAAGAAAUUGAAGUUGGUGGUGGCCGGAAAGCCAUCAUAAUUUUUGUACCAGUUCCUCAGCUAAACUUCUUCCAAAAAAUCCAUGUCCGGCUGGUUCGUGAAUUGGAGAAAAAGUUCAGCGGGAAACACGUACUCUUCAUUGCUCAGAGGAGGAUUCUGCCCAAGCCAACUCGGAAAAGCCGUACGAAAAACAAGCAGAAGUGCCCCAGAAGCCGCACGCUCACAGCAGUGCAUGACGCCAUCCUUGAGGACUUGGUCUUCCCGAGUGAGAUUGUGGGCAAGAGGAUCCGUGUGAAACUGGAUGGCAGCCGGCUCAUAAAGGUUCAUUUAGACAAAGCACAGCAGAACAACGUGGAGCACAAGGUGGAAACUUUUUCUGGUGUGUAUAAGAAGCUCACGGGCAAGGAUGUUAAUUUUGAAUUCCCAGAGUUUCAGUUGUAAAGAAAA